AUGGCGAAGGCAACUUGCAAUCACGGCGACGACAGCAGUCUUGCAAGGUGGGAGGCAUCAGUCUUCAUGCCGUCAAUCGCCAGCAAAGACAACGGCAGCGUCAUGGACCGACCGUCGAACAGGUGGCAGAAAUGGAUGUUAGUCCUCCACCCCGAAGGUGAAGCAGCACCGGAAGGCAAGACCCAACUCUCGAAGACGAGGCACACAGCUCCACCGUGGUGGCCAGCAAAGCUAGCCAGCAAGCUAGACAAAGGCAGAGGCCGCUAG